GGGCAUGUGGAGUAUUGAGGAAGUGAGCUUUGUCCUCUUUGGGGAAUACGCAUAAAAGACGCUGUAAUUUUGGACUUUAACCGUUUUCUUGAUCAAAAUCUUCUAAAAAAAUAAGAUUCAUUGAAUCUAGCAGAGAGUAAUCUUUCAGCAUUUCCUCUGAUAGUUGCUGUAAAAGACAGUUUAUUUGGCCACUUUUCUCGAGUCAUCUGUCAGCUGACUUCCUUCUUCCUCCAGCUCCUGUCAAACUGCAGUAUUUUUUUCUUCACCGCUUCUCAGGCACAGCCACGCCCCCUGUAGGGGCCGGCCAAGGGCGUGUCCAGACCGGAGAUGCGGUGGGAAGACUAACAAGGCUGGAGAAUCAUCAGGCACAUUGUCUUGGCUUUUCUUUCUGCCUGUCCAUCAAGCAUGCGAGCACCGGUCAAAACCGUCUCUCUCCCAUGGGUUCUUCUAAUAUUCCUCAUUAUUUUUCACGUGGAAGCGCUUAAACCUCACCUUUUAAGCAGACGCAGCGUGACCAGAAAUUUCUCCCAGCAGAGAACUGUGCUUUACAAAACUUUUUAUUUUGAUCAGCAGAUCGAUCACUUUGGGUUUUUGGAGAAUGGCACGUUCAAGCAGAGGUACCUUGUCAACGAACAGCACUGGCACAACAACGACGGCCCAAUUCUGUUUUACACCGGCAAUGAAGGAGACAUCACGUGGUUCUGUAACAACACUGGCUUCAUGUGGGACAUAGCAGAGGAACUAGGUGCCAUGCUUGUUUUUGCAGAACAUCGCUAUUAUGGAGAAUCAAUGCCAUUUGGAAACGAGUCUUACAGCAAUGCUAAGUACUUGAACUACCUGACAUCAGAACAGGCUCUAGCUGACUUUGCAGUGUUGAUUAAGUCACUAAAGAAGAAGCUGCCAGGAGCCCAGAACAGCCCCGUCAUUGCCAUCGGAGGCUCCUACGGUGGAAUGCUGGCUGCUUGGCUGAGGAUGAAAUACCCCAAUGUAGUUAUAGGUGCUUUAGCUGCAUCUGCUCCAAUCUGGCAGUUCCCUGGCAUGGUCCCUUGUGGUGAUUUCUAUAAAAUAGUCACCCAAGACUUUGCCAAUAGUGGAGUCACCUGCAGCAAAAACAUCAGGAGGUCAUGGACGGCGAUCAACAAUGUGUCCUCAACAGCUGAAGGUCUGCAGUGGCUGUCUCAGGAGUUUGGCCUGUGUUCUCCAUUGAAGGAAGAGGAUAUAAAUGACUUCAAGGGCUGGCUCCAGGAGACCUGGGUGAACUUGGCGAUGGUUGAUUACCCUUACGAGGCCAACUUCCUCCAGCACCUUCCACGCUGGCCUAUUAAGGUUGUCUGCACACACCUUCAGUUUGAUACUGAUGUGUCAGACAAGCAGCUUUUACAUGGCAUCUCGCAGGCAGUAAGAGUAUACUAUAACUACACGGGCAGUGCUGUUUGUCUUAAUGUGUCUGAAACUGCUACUGGAAAUCUAGGAAUUAGGGGUUGGUUUUACCAGUCUUGCACAGAGAUGGUGAUGCCCAUGUGUACAGAUGGUGUUCAAGACAUGUUUGAGCCUAUGGCAUGGAACUUCCAAGCUUUUUCUGAUGAGUGCUAUGCUCUGUUCGGGGUACGGCCACAGGAGGACUGGGCUGAUACUGUAUAUGGAGGGAAGAACAUAAGCUCUCACAGCAACAUCAUCUUCAGUAAUGGAGGCCUUGAUCCCUGGAUGAGUGGUGGAGUAACUAAGAGUCUUUCUGACUCCCUGGUUGCCAUAUUGAUUCCUGAUGGAGCUCAUCACCUCGACUUACGCUUCAACAAUGAGUAUGACCCACAGUCGGUUCUCCUUACCCGGGACCUGGAAGUGAAGUACUUCAAGCAAUGGAUCAAACAGAAUACAAGGCCACAAUAACCACAGGACAGUAUAUAGAGACUGAUUAAGUCAUGGACUUAAUUAAUCACUACCUUAAGGAUAUCAACAGGUUGUGCUGUCCACCAAAGAUUAUUUUUUACUAAACCUGACCAAAGAAGGUUUUUAUGUAAUUAGACUUUUUAAAGUGUAAAUUAGCUAAGCCGGUUAAAAUAAAUAAAAAAUAAUUCCGUGAA